AUAAAUCCCCCGGCUGCAGACGGGGGCAAGGCGUGGGCUGGCGCGGGGCGGGCGCUGGGUCUGGGCGGUGAGCCGAGCCGCUGCGUACUCGUUCCGUUAGGCGGGUGGCUCGCUCCUCGGGAGCCGUUGCCCAGCCGUCAUUCGUUCGCCGGAAGCUGCUAGCGAUGGAUGCCAAAAAGAAAAUCACAGCGUCUCUUAUCUAUGCAGUUUCUGUUGCUGCCAUUGGAUCUCUGCAGUUUGGUUACAACACUGGUGUCAUCAAUGCUCCUGAGAAGAUCAUCCGGCGGUUCUUCAACGGAACCCUGUCUGAGCGGAGUGGGGAGGUUGUCUCCCCAGAGCUGCUUACCUCUUUGUGGUCCCUUUCUGUGGCUAUCUUCUCAGUAGGAGGCAUGAUUGGUUCCUUCUCAGUCAGCCUGUUUGUCAACAGAUUUGGCAGGAGGAACUCCAUGCUACUGGUGAACAUCUUGGCCUUUGCUGGUGGCACUCUCAUGGCUUUCUCCAAGAUGGCAAAGGCAGUGGAGAUGCUGAUCGUUGGCCGCUUCAUCAUUGGCCUCUUCUGUGGCCUUAGCACUGGCUUUGUGCCCAUGUAUAUCAGUGAGGUCUCUCCCACCAGCCUCCGUGGAGCCUUUGGCACCCUCAACCAGCUGGGUAUUGUUGUGGGCAUCCUGGUGGCCCAGAUCUUUGGCUUGGAGGCAAUCAUGGGAACUGAAACACUUUGGCCGCUCCUUUUGGGAUUCACAGUCAUCCCAGCAGUCCUGCAGUGUGUGGCUCUCCUCUUCUGCCCUGAGAGUCCCCGUUUCCUGUUGAUCAACAAGAUGAAGGAAGAGAAAGCACAAGCAGUUCUCCAGAAGCUGCGUGGUAUACAAGAUGUGUCUCAAGACAUUGUGGAGAUGAAAGAAGAGAGUGUUAAAAUGUCCCAGGAAAAGAAAGCAACAGUGCCAGAACUCUUCCGUUCUCCGAACUACCGCCAGGCCAUUAUCAUUGCCAUCAUGCUGCAGCUCUCCCAGCAGCUGUCGGGCAUCAACGCUGUGUUCUACUAUUCUACAGGGAUUUUUGAAAGGGCUGGUAUCACCCAGCCUGUGUAUGCCACGAUUGGAGCUGGCGUGGUGAACACGGUCUUCACUGUGGUGUCGCUGUUCCUGGUGGAGCGUGCAGGACGCAGGACCCUCCAUUUAGUUGGCUUGGGUGGCAUGGCUGUGUGUGCUGUUCUUAUGACCAUUGCUUUAGCUCUGAAGGACACUGUGGACUGGAUCAGAUACAUCAGUAUUAUUGCCACUUUUGGCUUUGUGGCUCUCUUUGAGAUUGGCCCUGGCCCUAUCCCGUGGUUCAUUGUGGCAGAACUCUUCAGCCAGGGCCCACGGCCUGCAGCCAUGGCAGUGGCUGGUUGUUCCAACUGGACCUCCAAUUUCUUGGUGGGAAUGCUCUUCCCCUAUGCAGAGAAACUGUGUGGCUCCUAUGUCUUCCUCAUCUUCCUUGUUUUCCUGGUCAUCUUCUUUGUCUUCACAUUCUUCAAAGUACCAGAGACCAAGGGCAGGACUUUUGAAGACAUCUCCAGGGGCUUUGAGGGUCGAGCAGAGGCCAGCCCCACAUCACCUGUGGAGAAGAACCCUAUGGUGGAGCUGAACAGUAUACAGCCUGAUAAAGAAGUUGCCUGAGAUUCACAACACACCUCUGACUUGCUUUGAGUCAUUAAAGGAAUGAGCAAAGAAACCCAUGAGAACUUGGACUUUUCCCCCCUCAAUUGCUGCUAUUCUCUUCUUUACCCCCACUCAUACUUGCCCAUUCUGUCAGGCUCACCAGUAUUAAAUCUGAUCAGGGUUAGCCCAUUUUCAAGUACUGGAAGACAGCUGGCACUUGAAAAACAAUCUGGGUUUUCCUGUCACAAACAGCAGGAUAACAGAAGACCUGGCAAUACUUUUGCUGUUCUCACCUGCAGUUGCUAUUUGGGCUUAACAUGCACGCAGUGACUAUGAUGUGUUUGGAAUCCAAUACUAUUUUUGUAGUGAGUUGAAGUGACCCACUGAACAAGUCCCUGGCCCUUUGAGUCUACCCUGUGUGUGUGUGUGUGCACAGUGCUAACACUGGAAUUUAACAAGCCUACCAAAAAGCCAUCUCCUUGCUUUUUUUCCUAUCCAGUGUGCACUUGUUUCAGCCUCAGGAAAAAGGGGACCAAGUUAGGUGCAUAUUUGUU